UCUCAUCUUCACUCCCCCAAAAUGGACGCCUCCUCCUCUCUCGCUCUCCCUCAACCUCCCCUCACGGGCGCCGCCUCCCACCUACCACCCUCCCCUCACGUGCGCCUCGCGCGCCAUCGUCAAACCCCCUCUCCACUCCGCCGCGCGCCGCCGCCGCCGUAUCCUCCUCCUCAUCGCCUUCGGCUGUUUCCCAAUCGAGGCUCCUCUCUCCUCCCUCUCUCUCCUUCCCCUUCAUCUUCGAUCCCGUUGAAGAGAGUCUCUACAGAUUCGCUUCAGUACGAGAGCGGAUACCUCGGUGGGAUCUCGACAAGACUCUGCCGUCGGAUGAAGAUGCUGAUGGAGUCAGCGAUGGGUUCCCAUGCGGUCUCGUACCCGAGCAUACUAUCCUCUAGGGUUUAUGAUGUCGCCAUCGAGUCACCGCUGCAGCUGGCGAGUAAGUUAGAGAGGCUCGGGGUUAAUCUCUGGCUCAAGAGAGAGGACUUGCAACCGGUUUUCUCAUUCAAGUUGAGAGGAGCAUAUAAUAUGAUGGCAAAGCUUUCGAAGGAGCAGUUGGAGAGGGGUGUUAUCUGCUCAUCAGCUGGUAACCAUGCCCAAGGAGUGGCACUGGCCGCUCAAAGACUAGGAUGUGAUGCUGUCAUAGCAAUGCCCGUAACUACACCUGAAAUAAAGUGGAAAUCGGUGGAGAGAUUAGGUGCGACGGUUGUCCUUGUGGGGGAUUCUUAUGAUGAAGCACAAUCAUAUGCCAAGCAACGAGCAGAGCAGGACGGCCGCACAUUCAUUCCUCCAUUUGAUCACCCUGAUGUUAUAGUAGGGCAAGGGACGGUUGGAAUGGAAAUAGUACGCCAAUUGAAGGGUCCAUUGCAUGCGAUUUUUGUGCCUGUUGGAGGUGGUGGACUGAUUGCAGGAAUUGCUACUUAUGUCAAAACAGUCAGGCCAGAGGUUAAGAUCAUCGGAGUGGAGCCAGACGAUGCUAAUGCAAUGGCAUUGUCUUUGUAUCAUGGACAAAGAGUCAUGCUUGAACAAGUAGGAGGCUUUGCAGAUGGUGUAGCUGUAAAAGUAGUGGGUGAAGAAACAUUCCGAUUAUGUAGGGAACUUGUAGAUGGUGUGGUCCUUGUUAGUCGUGAUGCUAUUUGUGCAUCCAUAAAGGACAUGUUUGAGGAGAAGAGAAGCAUUCUUGAACCAGCUGGUGCUCUUGCUCUAGCUGGAGCAGAGGCUUACUGCAAGUUCUAUGGUUUGAAAGGGGAAUCUGUGGUUGCUCUAACCACUGGGGCUAACAUGAACUUUGAUAGACUGAGGUUGGUAACUGAGCUUGCUGAUGUUGGUCGGAAACGAGAAGCUGUUCUUGCAACAUUUCUACCUGAAGAGCGGGGAAGCUUUAAGCAGUUUUGUGAACUUGUUGGUCCUGUUAAUAUAACAGAAUUUAAGUACAGAUACAACUCCUACAAAGAAGAAGCCUUGGUUCUUUACAGUGUUGGAGUUCAUAUUGACAGUGAUCUUAAAGCAAUGAUAAAUCGCAUGGAACUUUCCCAGCUUCGAACAGUAAACCUUACGAACAAUAACUUGGCAAAGGAUCAUCUGAGACACCUAAUGGGAGGCCGUUCCGAUGUCCAAAAUGAACUCCUUUGCCGAUUUAUCUUCCCUGAGAGGCCAGGUGCUCUUGUGAAAUUCUUGGAUGCCUUCAGUCCCCGUUGGAAUAUCAGUCUAUUCCAUUAUCGGUCACAGGGUGAGACGGGUGCCAAUGUGUUGGUUGGAAUCCAAGUUCCUGACGAAGAAAUGGAAGAGUUUCGGAAUCAAGCCAAAUGCCUUGGCUAUGAGUAUGCAGAUGAGAUGAACAACGAAGCUUUUAGGCUUUUAAUGCAUUGAUGAGCAUAAGUUAAAUAUCUCAGUAAAAGCAUCCCCCUCAUCAAAUUUUAAAAUCUCAUACCAUUUUAUCUGCGUUAAUUUGGUACCUUGUUACUUCUGGCUAUCCUAUGCCAUGUUCUUCUUAGAUCGAAGUCGAUGAUCUUAAACAUUUACCUAAAUUCAGGUGAAAUGAAGGGAGGCCUAUAGGUUUAUCCUCCUGCAUUUCUCAUUUUGAUGUAUUAUUGAUUUUAUCUUGAUCUUGGGAGUUCUCUUGUGUGAACAUUAUGGCUUGGUAUGAGUGCAGAGAGCUGCCUCCUUUAGCAGUUUUGUAUAUUUCGUUGGUGGAUUAUGUCCAAUUUUAUCGUGGAAAUGGAUUACUUUAUUUUGAAUGACUA